AUGGAUUAUAUUCAAUUAAUCUUUAUUGUGGUUAUAUUAAUAGUAUCAUUUAUAAAUUUAAAACCUAAGAAAAGAAUGCCAGCUUCAGCCAAAGUUAUCAACAACGUUAAAAGUUUAAUCUCAAGUAAUAAAAUCUUCAUUGCUUCAAAAUCAUACUGUCCUUACUGUUCAGCAACCAAAAGAACCUUCUCCUCAGCUGUUAAAGAUUCUAAAAACGUUACCAUUUAUGAAUUAGAUGAAAUUGAAGGUGGUAGUGAAAUUCAACAAGCCUUAUUAGAAAUCACUGGUCAAUCCACUGUUCCAAAUGUUUUCAUUAAUGGUGAACACAUUGGUGGUAAUGAUGCUGUUCAAAGAUUAGCUAGUACUGGUGAAUUAGAAUCUAAAUUAAAAGCUGCUUUAUAG